AUGGAAAUGAUAGAGCUGAAGGUACAGUUGAUAGAGGACACUAACCAGCGUCUGGGCAGUGUGGGGGAACAACCAGCGUGUUCUGGUAGAUUCUACCCCCCCAACCCCAGUGCCCCCAGCCCCCACCGCCCGCCACCACCCACCCACCCCACCCCCGAACCCCCGCCCCCGGAGCAACAGAGGCCAACCAGAACCCAAAGGGGCAGCCGGGGGCACAGGCAACACCCAAUGAGCAGCAGCGGCACCAGCCCGGGGGAAGCCCACCCCAAUGCUGGUCAUGUCUCUAGGCCCCAGCCCCCCCAAGAGGGCCAGGAGGCCACGCCACCAGGACCCAGCCGGGGCAGCGCUGGAGACCAGAGACACGCCCCGAUAAACCCCCUCCCCCCAAAAAAAAGAACAAAGGUGCACCCCAAACAUGGCGGGGGCCCAGAGGGCACAGCAGGCCCGCCGCCAGGACACCCAGGCACCCCUCCCGGCCUCACACCAGACAUACACCCCCCACAGGGCCGACCUGCAUCCGCACAGGUACCCGGGGCCAGCGGGCCGACUCCAACACCCCAGCCCAACCCGAAGCAAAGGGCCACCAGAGACCGCCCAUCCCCCGGAGUCCCAUCCCCCCCCCCCCUCCCCACGCCCAGGAACCCCCGCCCCACCAGGGAGCAGCCCCCGCCCCAGACCCACCUGGCCAGCAUCACCGGACGGUGGGGCGUAGCGACUGCCCCCCAGCAAGGCGUGAGCCCAGGCACAGAGAGCAAGAGGACCAGGAGAGGCCCCCGGGAGACAGAACAACCCCCGGUAGGACCCUCACUCACGAAAUGGACCAAGAUGCCGAGCCCGGUCCACCGAACCCCGAGCCACACAGGUGACGUCACAGGCCGACCGACCCGCGGAGGAGCCGCCAAGGUGAGCGACCAGGGAAAUGCACCUGGCCGCUUCUGA